AUUUACACUUUUUUCUCAUAAAUUCGGAAAAAAAUUUGGAUAACAAAUCAAUUCCACCUCUCAACUUUGUCAAGAAAGGUGAGAUCGAAGAUCAAGGGGCUGAACCAAUUCUGUCUGAGCCAGGCUCAGAAGGCUCAAAUAUUAGUCAAGAAGAACUAAUUGCAUUUUAUGAAAAAGAAGCUAUUUGA